ACUCGCUUUUCAAUUUUGACAAUUUGCACUCUUUCGUUAUUUUUAAUUUUCAUAUCGGAAAAUUCAAGUAAAAAUUGCAAAUAUUUGAACUACAAAAUCAAGCCGCUCACAAUAUCUAAAUUCGUUUUUUCAAAAUGAUGUCUCUGCAAAUCUAUUGGGACAGGCACAAAGACGUGACGCUCGACGAUGAGCAACGCAAUGUUUUAAUUCGUGAUAUACCGCAAAAGUCAUUGUCACGCAUUUGUGAUUAUAUGGUGGAGAAUUCCUUUAAGCCCAACCGUCUCUAUGCACAGCUAAAACUUCACGAACUACCCAAUGUGGAGGAGUAUUAUCGGCGUUACGUGAUGCAUGUGUUGCGCGACGAAUGCAGCAUUAUGGUGAUCGACGAAAAGACCAAUGAGAUAUUCGGCGUGGCGCUCGUCAAAUUGAUGACGAAAGAAUGGCGUUCCUGGACCAUAUGGCUGCAGGUGCUCGACACGUCCACACUCUUCAGCGAAUUUAUGCUGCUGCGCCGCAUGCACUUGCUCAAGUUCUAUGAGGAACAUCCAGAUCGCGAUUGCAAUAGCUUGCAUCUAUUCGAGUAUUAUAUGCGAUCUGAGCUAAAAGCGGAUGCUGUCUUCAUGCGGAAAUUUUUCAAUGCCAUUUUUGAAGUGGCACGCCAUUUGCUGAUGCCGCAUGUCACCUUUGUUGGCACUACAUUGGAGGAGCAGCUAGAAGCGGAGGCAGCCGGUUUUCAUGCGCUCUCUCACCUCAUCUAUUCGCUGUUGGAGAAUCAGGGUGUGCGCGCAUUUCAGUCGUUGCGCGAUAUUGACGAAAUGUAUAUGGUGUUGUACGAGCGUGAAAUAGAGCCGAUAACGCCCUUCUACCGCUUGCCGCCACCGCAUGUAUACGACGAAGAGGAUCGGCUGAAGCACGAGAAACGUUCAGAGCUGGAAGAGGAGGCGGAUACCAGUAGUAAAAGGCUGGACAUGGAUAACAAAAGGCAGUCUGUUACUAACCUAGCAGUUAAGUAGAAAAUUCGUAAUGUCAUUUGGGAACCACACAGCUGAUCGAUAGAGGAAAGAAAAUCUGUGAAAAUAAAGUGUCAUUUUUGAAAAUUUCCUUAACAAAUUUCCAAAGUAUGGAAUUGUAAACAAGGCGUAUAAAUAAACGAUAAACCGUAUCUGUGGACAAAUA